CAGCUCGUGCCUGGUUCAACAACAACUUAUCAGAACUUAACCCAGUGGCUACUUGAAGCUGGCCCACUGGGUGCCGCUCCCGGUUUGUGCAGCUGGGUUCUGAUGCUUCCUCAGCCUCGUGACGCCACACAGCAAUUAUCGGCGAUCACCACCUGUCACAAGCAGUUGGCCACCUGUGUCACGUCAGUAGUAUGGUUCCGCCACUGAUAGUAUUGAUCCACAACCCUGGGAUUCUUGUUGCUGCUCCUGCAGGCAGUAUACUCAUUCUGUUCCUCGAUGGCAGUGGUGGGUUCCUGAAUUAUGAUAGCGACAGGCGGCGCUGGGAACAGCGGGAAGCCGCUUUGGAAGUCAAUAUUUGGUCAUUGGGCUCAUUGUUCAGAUUCAUAGCCAUCUUAUCUGCUGCGGCGAAGACUCGGUUAGGUUUACGCCUAGAGCUUUCCGUAAACUCUGAACCAGGUAAGGUUGAGGUAAGGAGAUAAGAGUUUCCAGACCGAAAUUGGUUGGUGGGGAAUGAUUCCGUCUUAUCGCGUCGCCUGUGGCGCCCUCGGAUCGGGUACCAA